GGUUAGUUAAGUGCUGAAUAUCACAGACAGAGGCGAAGCACGAUCUCCAAAUAAUGGAUUGAGUUUGAAAUAACUUUCAGCACCAUAAAGAUUACAGUCAUUUUCUCUUUUUAAGACAAUGGCCAUUGGAUUUUGAAUUUCCUACCACCAAAACCUGUUGCAACAGGAGCCAAAACAUCACACGUCACCUUCGUGUGUGUCUACGUAAUUUUUUUCACCUUGCGCUCCACAGUCGUUCAUCGAACGACAUCGGACGCAACUCUUUUACCAUGUAACGGAUUUUUCCGAACAAAAUAUACAACUUUGUGGCUAACAUUGGUGUUGAUGAUCAAGUUACUCACGUCCUCGUUUGCAAAAGUUUUACAUCAUCUUCUUCUUUUAUGCUACAGAUAGAGGAUUAUUGAGAGCUUACGGGAAGUUUUUUUUUUUUUCUCUUGACGCUUAUCUUCUGAAUGACUUCUUGAGAAUAGCCGUCCGAAAGCGAAAGAGCAAGGAAGCGUUUGGCUGCAGUGCUAGGUCUUGCGUACAGUAACAUCGCUUCUCUGGCGGCGCUAAACCCGUGCGUAGUAUUGUCGCUGCGCCUUCCCGAGAUAAUUCUUUGCUGCCGGUGCAACAUCUUCGACGGUCGACGACAAUGGUAUCAGAGCGGCCGUGUGCGUUCGCGUCGGGUCUGAAGGUGCGGGUUUUUGCCCAUGAUGGCGCAGAUCUAGCGCAGAUUCCGAUUCUUGGUAGCGAUGCUGAGUUGUUUUUCAAGGAUAUGACGUCGCUCGACCUGAAAAAAUCUGAUGCUUCCUCCUCUUACUCAGCCUCGGCGCCAAAUAAGAACAACUUUGGUGGCGGGAGAGGACUGCAAAAGCAGCGUGGUGAGCAGGCGAGCAGCACAUCGCCAAGGGCACAAGGAGCGGCAAGUACCUUCAUGUCUGGGGCUUUCCCAAAUUUCGUUUUCGAUGCGAAAAAGACAAAAAGCGGGAGCAGCACGCAGUGGCUGGCUAAGCGCGUAGAUGACGAGCUACAUCUUUUCCCGGCAAGAAGCACCUUCUCUUUCGACAAGAGAGUCAAGGUACAACGCUAUUUCAAAAUCAUGAAAAGUUUUCUUCUCAUUUUGUGCUCAUCUCUUUGGAAAUUCAGGAUGUUUUGUCGCAUCUUUCAUCGCUUGUUCGGACAACAAGUCGUUUUAGUUGUUAGAAGUCCUCUGAGAGCUAUUCAUGUUGAGUCUUGCUUUUUCAACGAUUUUUCAACAGGGCGAGGCAGAUCUGCAGGCGGCAAUGCAGAAGAUGAAGGAGCAAGAGCAAAGGGUAGCCCAGGACCUGAAGGAGUGGGAUGAGACGCGGAAGAACAAGUCAACUGCUGUCGGCGGGGUCUUAGGCGGAAUGGGGGACGCUGGUGCAGCUGCCGGGGCCCUACUCGGAGGUGAUGCAGGUCCGUCGGAAAGUAGUGUGAGUAAAAGACCCUACGUGCGAACAGGUUGUGCGGAACUGGACGAGGAGAACAAGUUUUUGUCCCUCUUAGAGGAUCCAAGUCAAAGGGCGGCGCAGAAAUUCUCGAAGGAAGACGCUUCCUUCAAGAAAAAGCGGAAACUGUUGCAAGAGCGUAUGGCCUAUAGCAAGAUGGAGUCCAAUGUUCCGGAGACGGCAGUGGCAACCACGUUCCUGAAGAGGGGAGACGACGACGAGUACGACUGGGAUGGAGAGGAGAACGACCGGUUUUCCGAUGAUGAGGGAAACGACGGUGGCGAGGAUGACAACAUCGAAAACGCAAGGGAGAUGGCCGGUGAUAUGCUGGCGGACGAAGAUGCGGCCGAGAAAGACGCGAAGUACCAACCGGAAGGAAAGGACGGGGCUGAAUGUACUUACAACUAUUUCCUUCAUUGCUUUAGCUGGUCGAAGGUAGAACGAAGUGAUCAGGACGAAAAUCUUAGGAUCGUCGAUCAUUCUUCGUGCCUUGUAUAGAUAAUAAGUAAAAAUCUUCCCAAUCUGUUUCCAAGUCCAAACAAAUAAUUACAGUUGAUCGUCUGUCGUCGAUCUUGAAGCGUGAGGACGCCUCAGGCGCUGCUCAGCUGGCUCAGGAGCUGGAUGAAUUGAGUAUGAUGGAGUUAGAAGAGGAGGAAGCCGCCGCUGAGCGAAGAGCUGCGGCGGCAGCUGCGUCAUCAUCUGGCACUGGAGCUGGAGGCCAGAGCGCAGCAGGUAGCAGUACCAGUGCAGGUACGAGCGUGGCUGAAGUGGUAGAUAGGCUAUUUGAGACGCGAACGGUGGUGUCUGUUAACACGUUACUGAGCUCCUUGGGGAUCGUGACGGCAGCGGACAAGCAAUCGGAUAAGUGGAAAGACGCGAAAGCCCAUUUGAAAAAACAUUACACGGCACAAAAAAACAACGGCCAAUACGUCUUCACGAAAAAAGUACAGAAGUGAGGACGAGUACGAGAGGGACGUUGUGACUUGUAUUUUCCUGGACCUUUCCAACUCGACGCACACAAACUUGCUUCCCACAAAAACCUUACUACGUUGCCUUUUAUCCCGUACGAAAUUUUCGAAGUGGACGACCCUCGAGGCACAAAAGAUAUUUCUUCUGAACAAAAUGUUCUUUCGAAGCCUUGCAGCAUCCUCAUUGUUCCUUGACCGGCACUUCUUUUAAUGAAUCCAACGGAGUUGAAAAAGACAAGGACAUCGCAACAGCCAUCUUGACUACUCUUUCGCAUGCCUUUCAGCCAUUCCUUCAAAGUUCCAACAACAGUUCUCCUGUAGAGCAGAAAGAAUACUAAUCAUUGUCCAACAUGUUGGAGAAAGUUUAUUCGUGCAAUAUGAAAGUAUUCGGUGUGCGUGUGUCUCUUGAA